AUGAAUGAUAGAGCGGUGCAAAAUACCCAAAGAAGAGUGGCGUGCUAGAGUUUGUUGUCUCCACAGGAACAAUGGAAGGUGAAUUUGUUUAAAUUCAUAACAGAAAACCAUGAUCAACAAAGAAAUUAUAAUUAUGAUUCGUUGAUCAACAAAAUCGUGUUGAUUUCAAAAACAAUUCUAAGUCUUGAAUUGCAGAUUGACUGAGCAAGGCCAACUUGUAUGGAAGUGAGAUGGGUUAUUGUUGGUAUUAAUUGACAGAAUCGCCGGGAUGCGAAUGGUUAUAACACGAUUCUAAAUCAUCCCUUCUGGAUAAAAAGGAUUGAAACUAUGCAGAGGAGAAAAGCAAUGGCAAUUUAAAGUUAAAUAUGAGGGAUCCGGUUUCUUAGCCUGCGUAUUUUGUAAAGCCGUAGCUUGUAUCUGCUUGCUAUGGCAUUUCUACUGUUGCCACUACAACCCCACACAAUUAAAGUUGCCUUGGCAAGAUUUAGCACAUCUGCACAAGUACCCAAAUCCAUUUCCAGCAAUGGCUUAAGUUUAAGUUUGAUAGGUAUGAGUAAAGCAGGCUCUGUCAAGGAGUGGAAUGUGAUGAUUAAAGGGUAUGUGAGUAAGGGGAUGUUCAAUGAGGUUUUGGCUCUUUUUAAGGAAAUGUUGAAGGCUGGCUUGCGGGCAGACAGUUUUACACUUCCUUGCGCUCUCAAGGCAUGCGCUGCUCUCUCCCAUCUGCAACACGGUAAGUCUAUACAUAGUUAUUUGGUAAGAAGUAAAACGGUUGAUUCUUGUGUCUUUGUGGGUUGUGCUCUAGUAGACAUGUACGCAAAAUGUGGGAAGAUUGAAGAUGCGCGUCAAGUGUUUGACAAAAUGUCUGAGAGAGAUGUGAUCUCCUGGAAUGCUUUGAUCGUUGGGUAUGCGCAAAAUGGGCGGUGUGAUAUGACUUGUAAGUCCUUCUGUGAGAUGCAAUCACAAGGUGUGAAACCGGAUUUUGUUUCUACUGCUAGCGUUCUUAAGGCUUCUGCUCACUUGGAAAGCUUGAAUUUGGGAAGACAGGUACAUGGAUUUCUUGUUACAAGUGGAUAUGAGAAGGAUGCUUUCAUGGGGAGUGCUCUCACACAUAUGUAUUCAAAAUGUGGAAGGUUAGUAGAAGCUCGCCUAGCGUUUGACCAAAUGUCCCAUAGAAAUAGGGAUGUCGUUUCAUGGAAUGCAAUGAUUGUGGGGUACGCCCAGAAUAAGCAUCAUGAUCAUGUUUUGGAACUAUUUCAGGAAAUGCAAUUAGCAGGUUUGAAAGCAAACCUGGUUACCAUUGCCAGUGUACUCAGGGCGUGUGCCCAUUUCUCUGCUCUACAACAGGGGAAGGAAAUCCAUGGUUUCGUAAUAAGAAAUGAAUUCGAGGCUGAUCAUUUUGUGGGAAGUACACUUAUAGACAUGUAUUCUAAAUGUUACUGCAUCAGUGAUGCAUGCCAAGUCUUUGACAGAAUGCCUGAAAGGGAUGUAGUUUCAUGGAGUGCAAUGAUUGCUGGGUAUUCACAAAAUGGAAAUUGUCUUGACGCCUUGUAUCUUUUUAAGGACAUGAACAUCCGUGGUAUGGAACCAGAUUCUGUUACUAUUGCAUGUGUUCUCCCAGCAUGUGCCCGCAUAGCAUCUCUGCAACAUGGUAAGGAAAUCCAUGGUUAUAUGAUUAAAAAUAGAUUUGCUUCUGAUGUUUUGGUGUGGAAUGCUCUAAUGGAUAUGUAUGCUAAAUGUGGGAGUAUACAGGAUGCAAAACAAGUUUUUGAUGGUUUGUAUCAUAGAGAUUCAGUCUCUUGGAGUACUAUAAUUGGAGGAUAUGCCCAGAAUACCCAUUAUGAUCAUGCUUUGAAACUUUUUGCUGAAAUGCAGCUAUCCGGUGUGAAAAAUGACUAUGCAACGAUUGCUAGUGUUCUUCCUGCUUGUGCUAACGCAUUAGCUUUGCGGCAUGGCAAGGAAAUCCACAAUUACAUUAUUCGGUUUGGACUUGAGUCAGAUGUUUUUGUUGUAAGUGCCUUGGUAGACAUGUAUUCUAAGUGUGGGAAAAUAGAGUUCGCUCGUCAAAUAUUUGAGAAGAUGUAUGAUAGGAAUGUUGUUUCAUGGAAUGCAAUGGUUGCAGGCUACACACAGAAUGGGAAUUAUAGUGAGGCUUUUCAAAUUUUCCGCCAACUUCAACAUACAGAAGUUAAACUUGAUCCCAUCACCAUUGUGAGCAUUCUCCCAGCAUGUGCUCGGUUAGGAACUUUGCAACAGGGCAAGGAAAUCCACAACUAUGCACUGAGAAGGGGAUUUGAUUCCAGUGUUAGUGUUGCCAAUUCUCUAAUUGAUAUGUAUGGGAAAUGUGGGAGUAUUGAUGUUGCACACAAAGUGUUUGAAAAAAUUCAGAAUAAAGAUCUGGUCUCGUGGAAUUCUUUGAUUGCAGGUUAUGGAAUGCACGGGCAUGGUGAGGAGGCCCUUCGAUUUUUUCGCUUGAUGCAACAGACAGGCAUAAAGCCUGAUCAUAUCACUUUUGUAGCUAUUCUAUCUGCAUGUAACCAUGCGGGUGUAGUGGAUAAAGGUCGGUAUUACUUUGAUUGCAUGAGUCAAGACUACUCUAUCACUCCAAGAGUUGAACACUAUGCAUGUAUGGUUGACCUUCUUGGUCGUGCUGGCUGCCUAGAUGAGGCUUACAUCUUCAUAAAAAAUAUGCCAUUAGAAGCUACUGCCGAUGUGUGGGGAGCACUGCUUGGUGCUUGCAGGACGUAUGGUAACAUAAAGCUAGGAGAAAAGGUGGCAGACUUUUUAUUUAAGUUAAAACCUGAAGAUACUGGAUAUUAUGUUCUCCUCUCAAAUAUUUAUGCUGCGGCUGGGCGUUGGAACGAUGUAGCUAAGGUGAGAACCCUGAUUAAAGACAGGGGACUGAAAAAGAGCCCAGGAUGCAGCUGGAUUGAGGUCAGAAACAAGGUGCAUGAAUUCUUUGUAGGAGACAAGUCACACCCACAAUCUGAAGAAAUCUUCACAUUUUUGAAGAGUUUAGACAGACAAAUGAAGGACAUUGGAUUUAGGCCAGAUACUACAUUUGUUCUGCACGAUGUGGAAGAGGAGGAGAAGGAACAGAUUCUUUGUGUCCACAGUGAGAAAUUGGCUAUAGCUUUUGGCCUCCUCAAUACUAGCCCCAAUAGACCUAUCCGCAUCACCAAGAAUCUUAGAGUUUGUGGGGACUGUCACACUGCUGCCAAGUUCAUAUCUAAGAUUGCCAAGCGAGAAAUCAUUGUGAGAGAUAUGAUUCGAUUUCAUCAUUUCAAUGAUGGAUUAUGUUCUUGUGGAGAUUAUUGGUGAUACUGAUUAAAUGAGGGGACAAUAGGAUGAUCUCAUGCAGCAUUGCUUUGUGCAGGAAACCGAGUUCUUUUUGUUAUAAUGCAAACAAUCUCAGAAAGUUUUGAUGCACAUCAGCAUAGAGUAGAAGAACUAAAAUUAUAUGCAGCAUAAAUGUGAUAACAAUACGACAAGACAAUGUGUGGGACGGCUUUGAUAGUCUUCCAAAACUGGAAGAUACUUAAGAGCAGUUGUUCCUCUACUUAUAUUUGGGGUUUUUACCUACUGCUUGCAUAAAAAAUUUAACCUCUAAUAUCAGAGACCUGAGAGGGAGUUGGAUAAUUGUUUUAGCUCUUAUGGCUUCAUAAAUAGAAAUGACUGAUACAUCAAUUGCAGCCACAUGAAAUUUUUUUCUAAAACAUUGGCGACUACUACUGCAGUCUCAAUUUUUUUAACUUUCAGGCUGUGUGCCAAUCAGUAAGUUUGGAGUUGAGAAUUCCAGAGGCUUCUCGUCUAUCUCCAUUCACAAAUGCCACUUGAAAUCGGACCUUAAAACCAUCAUUAUCAGGUUUCAUGGGUGCUUGGUCUUAGCUCAUAUAAUUUGUUGCACGUGAGCUCUGGCUUAUAUAAGCUAGAUGAUCAAAGGGUAAGCUCAUCAUGUCACUGCAAUAUCAGUAUGAGCGUGUUAAAAGAUAGUUAGCUUUUAGAUGGUUAAUUGGACUCCCUAAUGGUACGUACAAUACUGGUGUGCAGUAUUACCAAACUUCAAUUGAACAUCUCAAUCGUUUUUGGUACAUAUUUUUCUGUUUUAUUGUGUUUGGCAGAUCAGGUCGAAGAUUCCAUAUAUUGAUACAAAAGAUAAGGAAAAACAAUAAUCAUUUGUAAUAUUGGAAGAACAACUAGUAUGAUUAAGAUCUCAUUAUAACGAGGACUUAUCUGUUGACUUCAUUUUUUCUUCCAAGGUACUGCUCAGCAUGGUUAGAGAACAAGAACACAAAUGACAGUGUAGAUUUCAAUUUUAUUAAUAUCAUAUUGUGAUCUACAUAUAUAAGAGAUGCACUGAAAUUAGAAUAUGAGAGAAGAUUCCUUUUAUGAUGGGAACUGAAAUUGCAGCUUACCUUUUAGCACCAUCCUGUCUAACCUUAAACGCAAACUUGUUACAAGCUUGAGAAAGAAACUGAACUGAACAACAGAGUAACCGGUUGAGGAGGGUACAGUAUGAGUUACGGCACACAACUCUUUGGGCUCAUUGGGGAGUAACAAAUAAUGGCCAGGUUGAUCAGGAUGGAUGGGAUAUUGCAUCACGUGGAACUAGGGAUAAUAAAGAUGAAGCUGAGGAAGAAGCUGACGAUAAGGAGGAAUCUAUAUGAGAACGAGCAGAGGAAUGCAUUCUUUAUAAUAGUUCUGACAAAGAAAUUGAUGAAGAACAACAUAAGAAUCCUACAUUUUCAUGGGGUACACCGGUGGACCACUGUGUAUUUUGAAAGAAUUUUUGGUAGAGUUAAACCUAGGUACAACAGGGGGGUCAGAACAGAGCAUUUGGAGAGAUGGCUGUUCAAGAAAGCAUGACGUUAAAGCAAUCCAAUGAUUUACAUGGUAAUACAACUGCUCUUGGGAAUCCUCCUACAAAAUCUGAAUGCUCCUUCAAAACUGGUGUCAUUAACAUUUCAGCCUUUUACAAAUUGUCUUGGUUCCUUGCUAAUGGAUGCUUUCUCCGACAUAACGCCUUUUUAGAUUAAGAUGGUUUAUAGUAUCUGUGGAAUGUGUCACCUAUGCAUGUACUUGGAUUUGUCUAAAAUAUAUCGCGAGACAUUAUAUAGAUGUACUUAUGCGGAUAUUUACAAUUAGAA